CUGCUGGAAUAUGAUGCCGGCCAAACAAUAUGGAUGGCAAUGCGCAAGAGCAACACCCUGCCGUUAUUAAAAGUGCUGCUGCUGCGUUGCUACGGUGCGAUUACGCUGUCGUUGCCAGUCAAUCGGACCUUCAUCACGGCCAGCAUGACUGGCUUGAAAUGUACCAUGAAUUGUGUUUAUCUGCUGGCACUUUGUGGUGUGCUUGGUAGCAUAGUGGGCGCUUUGUGCGUGGACAAAUAUGGACGACGGAAGAUCACGGUAAUUUCACUGUUAUUCUCUGGGAACUGCGCCUUUCUAAUGGGCGGCGUACUGCACUACAUCUACGCGGAAAUUUCGACAAUUAUACUGCCGCAUCUGACAUUUGAGUUGGUCGUCUAUUUGAUGUUCUGCUAUCAGAUUUUUGCAUGCGCUGGUGUUGCGUUGGCUUCCAGUGUUUAUAUGGCAGAGGCAUUUACAACUUCGGCGAAAGCUAAGUGUUUGGCGCUGCUGGUAGUGUACGAGCAAGCUUUGCAAGUGGCUUUGGUCUUGACACUAUUCUAUGCCGAUUUUGCGGAGCCCCGAUUUUACUUCGCCAUAGGGGCGCUGGGCCUGGUCAUGGGCACAUUGGCGCUUUUUUUCUUACCUGAAACAAUGUAUUUGUCAUUAUACGAAUGUUUAGUGAAGUUCAACAAAGUUCCUUAA